AUGAUCGGCCGCACCGACUCAGCGGCCGAGAAGAAGAAGAGGGACGGCGUGAAGCGCGUGGUGGAGUGGCUGGAGGACUUGCUGCCCGAGGAGGAGAAGGACGAGGAAUUUGGCGGGAAAGCGCCUGCGGGCAAGGAGACGAAUGUCAUCUGCAAUCAGCUGGAAUGCAAGGAGCCGGGCUGCCCGCCGGUGGAGCUGGUCAUGACGCUGCUCCGCGCAAAGCCUAAGCAAAAGCUGAUGUUCAAGAUCUUCAAGGCGGCCUCGGAGGUCACGCGCGAGGAGGUGGACGCGGCGAUGAAGCGCGCGAUCGCGGAGGAGGCCGGGGGCCACGACCAUGGGCACGCCGACGGCAAGCACGCCGACGGCUGCUGCGGGCACGACCACGACGAGGAGAAGGCGGAGCACGGGCACCACGACCAUGGCCACGCCGAGAAGAAGGCGGACCACGGGCACGCCGACGGCAAGCACGCCGACGGCUGCUGCGGGCACGACAACGACGAGAAGGAGAAGGCGCACGAGCACGGGCACGGAGCGGAGAAGGCGGACCACGGGCACAAGCACUCUGGCGGCUGCUGCGGGGGCGACGAGGAGUUGCCGGCACGCAUGAAGGCGGCGCAGGAUGCCAAGUCGCACGCACACGGGCACUCGGAGGAAAAGGCGCGCGCGCGGCACCCGCCCGCCUCCCCACCCGCCUCUCACCAUGCGCUCUCGCCUUGCUUUGCACAGGCCGACCACGGCGCGCACGGGGACGGCUGCUGCGGCCACGAUCACGCCGAGAAGGGUGCGCAUGAGCAUGGGCACGCGGAGAAGAAGGACCACGGGCAUUGA